CACACACACGCACAGAGCUUUGGGGUUUAGGGAUUAAGACUACAAAAUCUGUUGUGUGUUUCCGCCUUAGCCUUCGCAAGAGAGCAGCUUUCAACAUUGAGGUCUUCUUGGGCCAGUGAAUUAAGCUUUUGUCUCGGACGAGGAUCAAAUUCAGUAAACUUUGUUCUCCUGAUGAAUAAUUCAUGGAGAAAGCUUCUGGAGACCUGAACUGAGGAGACAUACUGGAAAUCGCCUUUCCUAUUAUAGUUGAAGAAGUUUGCAAGGGUCACUUCCAUCCAAAAUGAGCCGACCAAUGGAGGAAGAUGGUGGUAAGAAUGAAGAAGAGGAAUUUAACACCGGACCGCUAUCUGUGCUAAUGAUGAGUGUUAAGAAUAACACACAGGUGCUGAUCAACUGUCGCAACAAUAGAAAGCUUCUUGGUCGUGUUAGGGCUUUUGAUAGGCACUGCAACAUGGUUCUCGAAAAUGUUCGGGAAAUGUGGACUGAAGUGCCAAAGACUGGUAAAGGAAAGAAGAAAGCCCAACCAGUUAACAAGGAUAGGUUCAUCAGUAAAAUGUUCCUUAGAGGAGAUUCUGUCAUCAUUGUUCUCAGGAACCCCAAGUAAACUCCGAUCACUUUGUUGGUACUGACAUUAACUUGUCGAAGUGGUUUGUCUGUAAUAUUUUACCCUUUUACUUCUAUUUUUGACCUACACCCUUUUUGCAACCUGGACAAUUAAUAUGAUCUUGUUGACUAGCCUGCUACCCUUUAAAUUUGUUGAGAUAUUCAGAUCUUAGCUAGGACAGGGGUGAUGUAUUUUGAUGGAAGCCAAAAAAAUCACACAACAAACUGGUGUAAGGAUAUCCGAGUUUAUUUUAUUUUAAAAAUUUUAGAGUUUGAAGAGAAA